AUGCCGCUUCUGCUUCUCAUUUCGCUGAGCCUUCUUUCCGCCGCGAGAGCAGCGCCAGCAGCGGCUAAGCCAUGGGGUGGCAUCCGCAUCGACAGCGGCGGCAUGAAGAACUUCACGGAUAACUUCACCCGGCAGUGGUCGCGCGAUACCGGCUUCACGAGCGGCAUGGCUGGCACGCUGAACCUCACGGGCGAGCCGAACGAGUUCAACAUGCCCAUGUACCAGAAGACCACGCGCUACUACCUGUUCGCGCUCGAGAACUGCUACGAGAUGCCGGUUCCCGCCGGGCACUACCUCAUUCGGAUGUUCUUCAACCCGGGGCCCCCCAAUGAACGCGGAGAUCCGACCCGCGAGUUCGCCGUGUCCACGCUCUCCACACAGAUCGCCAUGAUCACGCCGCGAACGCCUGGCGAAUUUCGCGAAAUGAUGGUAACCUACCCCGGCCCGAACGCGGAGCUGGACGUCUGCUUCGUCGCCAACCCGUCCGCCCUGUCGGCGUUUGUCAACGCCCUCGAGAUCCUGCCGAUCGACCCAGAGGCGUAUGUGACGGACCCCAACUACAUUCUCUUCAACUACGUGCGGCUGCGGACGGGGAAGGGCAUGAGCUUCGGGGACGGAGUGAGCCUGCCGGAUAAGGACAAGGGCCACCGCCAGUGGUUCAACAUGUCGACGGCCAAGCUGCUCAACGAGCCGGUGACCGUCAGCUGCGAGCCUACCUGCACCUACCUCUCGGUGCCGCCAGCCACAGCCUUCAAGGGUGCUGACGUGGAGCCGCACUACUUCCCCAGCAUCCUGUACUCGUCAGCCAUCACCAAUGCGGCUGGAGGCAAGAUCACAUUCAAGGUCACCAUUCCCGACAAGGGCUCCCGGGUGCUCGUCGUGCUGCACUUUGCCGAGAUUGAUCCAACCGUCACUGCUGCAGGUGCUCGUGUCUUCUCUAUCUUUGUCAAUGGGAAACCCACCCCAAAUGGAGACAACGUUGACCUGAUCAAGUGGGGCAAGGCUUCCAAGGUGGCGCUCUUCAAGACCGUUGAUUGGCAGCUGGGGCCGGACGAAUCGACGGUGGAGAUUGUGCUGGCGGGUGCUGAGGGCGCAUCCAAGGGCCCCACUGUUGCGGGGUUGGAGGUGUUCCGGCUGGUGUCCAGAGGGCCUCGCACCAACGCGGAUGAGUUCAAGCUGAUGAGGAAGAUCCGCGAUGCUCUGGUGGUGCCGGAGAUGAGCAACUGGCAGGGCGACCCCUGUGCGCCCAUCGCCUGGCCGGGCGUGGGGUGCCGGCUCACAGAGAAGAACGACUUCAGCAUCACGGGCAUUACGCUGUCAGCAGCAGAACUCUCGGGUUCGCUGCUCCCUGACAUUCACCUGCUCAAGAACCUGCAGUACCUGAACCUGAGCAACAAUCACAUCUCGGGAGGCAUUCCGCAGACACUCAUCAACCUAGAGCAGCUCACCAUGCUGGACCUGUCAGCCAACGAUCUCAAGGGCUCAAUCCCUCGGGGCUUCAGCAGCAUGCCUGCUCUCAAGAUUCUUGACCUGCACGACAAUGAGCUCACAGGAGGUGUGCCUGCCGAUCUCUUCCCGCCUCCCCCCGGCGUCAUGAUUGAUUUCUCCAACAACCCGGAUGUGUGUGGCACGACGACCCGUCCAGCCUGUGAGGCGCUGGGCGGGCCGGGAGUGAGCGACAUCACGAUAGUGCAGCCGACGUCUUCAUCAGUCUCAUCCACCCAGAUCGUGUGGAUCAUCACCGCGUGCAUUCUCGGUGUGCUGCUGAUCAUUGCUGUCGUGGUUGCCAUUCGUCUCAUCUUCUUCCAACCGCACCUACCACUGGAAGAUGACGACAAUGGAAAUGGUGGGUUCUAUAGCAAUGCCCACCGAGGUCACUUCUUGGAAGAUGAAGAGCCACCAUAUGUCGCCACUUUGGACGAGGAAGCACGCUAG